GUCAGAAACACCACAUCACUGAGAGAGCAAGGAAUAGAGAGAGGCGGGAAAACAAUGUCAGGAGAAGGAGACAUCAAGCUGCUCGGCAUGGUGGUGAGCCCAUUCGUGGUCCGUGUGCGAAUGGCACUCCACAUGAAGGGCGUGAGCUAUGCGUACAUCGAGCAGGAUCUCUUCAACAAGAGCGAGCUCCUCCUCAGGUCCAACCCGGUGAACAAGAAGGUGCCGGUGCUCAUCCACGGCGGCAAGCCCAUCAGCGAGUCCCUCGUCAUCGUGCAGUACGCCGACGAGGUGUGGAGCGGCAAGGGCGCCUCCAUCCUCCCCGCCGACCCGCACGAGCGCGCUGUUGCUCGCUUCUGGGCCGCCUACGUCGACGACAAGCUGUUCCCUGCUUACAUCGGCAUCAUGAAAGCGGCGACUGAGGAAGCAAGAGCGGAGAAGGCCAAGGAGGCGCUUGUGGGGUUAGCGAGCCUGGAAGAGGCCUUCACCCAGUCCUCAAAAGGGAAGCCUUUCUUCGCCGGCGACUCCGUCGGGUACCUCGACCUCGCCGUCGGAUGCAACCUAUUCUGGCUCGAGGCAAUACGCAAGAUGUUUGGGGUGACGUUCUUUGACGUGGGCAAGACCCCGCUCCUGGCCGCGUGGGCGGAGCGGUUUGCGGGAACCGAGAUGGCGAGGGAGGUGGUGCCGGACGCCGACAGCGCCGUGGUGUUUGCCAAGAAGCUUCAGGCUCGGUUUGGCUCUAACACGUCUGCCAAGUAGAGUAGCAGUGUAUGGUUUUCCCUUUUUUUUAGAGAAAAGGCGAUAGCCCGACUUUAUAAAUAAAGCCACCAGGCAGAGUCACAACACCACGAAACCACAUAAGUUUAAAUCAGCCACAUAAGAAGUGCAGAUACAAGUCAUCCAGCCUAAUUGGCAGGCAGGCCACCCAAGCACCAGCCAGACUACCGAGGAGGAUUUCGCCUAGAGAGCUGCAGCAGGGUAGACGCCGUAGAAUUCAUUCUGGAUAACAUGACAUCGAAAGCCUGUAGAUCCCCGUCCUUAAUCAAUGAUCUCCACUGCUGCAAAAAGAUAGUAGCUUUAAAUAAGCGGUUGACAGGGUUA